CGUCGCUUGGCUCAUUUCACCGUUGAAAUCACCGAGUGAUCAGAAGCGUUGCGCAGCACACCUGCUCGCCACAUUCUAACAACCUCCGCCGCGUGUUGCGCCUUCUUCGAUGUGCGUCUGCUAGAAGUGAAAGAAUACUCUCGCGAUCCUCUUCGACCAAACAGUGCGUGUUCGUGUGCCGUUCGUGUGUGACAUUUGCGUGUGCCGUAACAACAGUUUCGCUCGCUUUACGACGCUAGCUUCAGAACAGUGCACGUGGUCAUGGCGUCGCUAAAGUUUGAUGACAACAACGUCCCCUAUCUCGACCUCGGCGACGGCUAUCGGAUCGCCCUGGAAGGGGACGAGUACACCGACGCGAAGGCGAAGGAAAAGGCCGCCCGGGAGCUGCGCGAAACGCCGGACGUGGUGGAGCAGUCGCUUCAGGAGUUGCGCUCCCUGCUGCAAGAGGAAAAGACUCUCUACGUCCCGAUGGAUAAUGAUGCGUUCAUGAUUAAGUUUUUGCGACCGUGCAAAUACUACGCACAAAGUGCAUUCGAGCUGAUUAAACGCUACUAUCGCUUCCGCAGCAAACACCCGGACCUGUGCGACGAGCUAUACCCGGCCUCGGUCAAGCAUGUGUACGCGGAAGGGUUGGUCCACUUUCUGCCCCUGCGCGAUCAGCACGGUUCCCGCAUUUUGGUGCUCGAGUGUGGCAAGAAAUGGAAACCGUCCAAGGUGUCCCUGACCGAUCUGUUCCGCGCGGUCCAGCUCGCCCUGGAGGCGGGUAUGUAUGAGCCGCGCACUCAGCUGAACGGUGCCGUCGUCAUCCUGGACAUGGAGGGACUGGCACUGUCACAGAUCAUGCAGUUUACGCCCAAGUUUGCGGCGAUGGCACUCGACUGGAUACAGCAGUGUACUGCGAUGCGCCUCAAAUCCGUCCACAUCGUGAACAACUCGUAUCUGUUCAAUAUGCUGUUUGCCAUCUUCAAGCCAUUCCUUUCGGAGAAGCUACGCAAGCGGUUAUUCUUCCAUCAGAAGGACUGGAACUCGCUGAUGUCGCACGUCGAGGCGAAGUGCCUGCGCCCCAAGUACGGCGGCACACUCGAGUGUCUCGAAACGGACGGUAUGCUACUCGGGGAGAUGUUUGAGCUCUAUCACAAAGAAUAUGAACUUGCCAACUCUUUCGGUUACCUUAAGAAACAGGAUUAAUGUGAACGUAUACCAGAAGUUAUUUCUUGAAAACGACUAGCAAGUAAACACUAGUAAUUAAGCACAAAAAAGAGCACUCAGAUUGUGAUAUCAAGCGAUCAAAUGACAAUCCGGUACUUUGCGAUUGGACCACGUCCAGUGCGACCCACUUUUGAAGGAGGGAAUGUAAAUGGAAUAUUUUGUUGGGAGGGUUUUAUCUUUUGUAUUUUUUUUUUGUUCUUGUAAAGGUAGUAAGACGGUUACGAGUGGAGUGCACCAAGCGCCAUUUUAAUAGCAGUGCAAUAUUCUAAGUCAAUGACUAAAUGCCAAUAAAAGGACUGUUGGAAGGUGGAUUCAUUGUUGUUUGAGGUUCUUAAUAAUAGAAGAGCUCACACGGGUAUAAGAGACAAAGCUGAGCUGACGGAUAUAGGACUGAAUUUGAAGGUCUUUAACGUAAAUUUUCGAUUACCCAGGAUUGGAGAGCUUUAGGAACUCCAUCUAAGCGCGAUUGACUAACAAACUCAAGGUCGUUUAAAACACCACAUAAAAUGCAGCUUCCCUAGUCUUUAAGAAGGAUUAAUUGGAAUGUAUUUGACACAUAAUUCCCAAAAUUCAAAUGUAACUUUUUGGUUUGAAUUUGCUGCUUGUAGUAUUGAAAUUGCCAGAGAUACCCAGUAAAGUCCUUGAAGUGUUUACAGGGUUUCCCACGAUUUAUUGGUCGGUUUUCAUAAUUCUUUGGGCUCGUCUCACGAUUUAUUCAUCGUAUCCCAUAGAUUUUUGGUUCUUUCUCAUAAUGUAUUAGUAUCGUCCGAUUGGAUAUCAAUACAAUUGAAUCAAAAAAUUCUGGGGAAUGCCACAAAUUCGUGGGAACACACCAAAACAUUUUGGGAAGCAAUCAAAAAAAUGUGGGAUCCAACCAAUAAAUCGUGAAAAAUCUGUAAUGAAUGUUUAAAUUCUCGCUAGUUUUGUGCUGUCAAUGGCUCUUUUUCGCAGUUCAUACUGUGUAUUCCAAGCCCUAUUGCUUAUUUACAACUACUUAUGUUCAUAAUAAUGAGUUAUAACUAAGACUGUAACUAUACAGAUUAUAACUACUUAUAACUAAGAUCACCAUGAAUAGUGCUCAAAAAUAAAUAUUACUGCUACGACUAUUA